UGGAAUUGUCUAGGAAGAUAUCACAAUCAAAUCAUUCCAAUUGCUAAAAACAAUUUAGAUUAAACCCUAAAGUAAACCUUCCAAUCAAAACCAACCAACAUCAUCAACAUGAAAUUCUUGUCUUCAGUAAUCGUUCUUUCCUUGGCUCUCAUGGCUUCUGCUUCACCCUUCCUUGGUCCCCUCGCUGAUACAGUUCUUGGUACUGCUGCCAAUGCACUUAACACCGUUACGGGAGCCGCAAGUGGUCUGAUUGGGGGUGCUCUCAAUGCUGUUGGUGAUGUUGCAAAAGGUGCUGCCAAUCUUGAGUUUGCCAAAGGAAGAGUUCUUCAAGGAGCUGUCAAUGGAGUUGCUGGUCUUGGAAGUAGCGUUCUUGGUACUGGAGCACUUUCUGGACCCAAUCCCGUCUCUCCAAAUCCUGGUUAUGGCCCUGUCUCUGGUCCUAGCUUCGGUCCUGUUUCUGGCCCUGGUUUCGGUCCUGGCUCAACCAAUUUCAAUAGUAACUCACGAGGAUUUGACAAUAGUGCUUCAGCCAACACCCAUCAAUUUGAUGCUAGACAAACCUCAUUCCAAGGCGGACCAGGAGGCAUCUCAGGAACAACUACAUCAACCUCUGGUCAAGCAAGCUCAGCUCGCACCAGAAGCAUGGGUUAUGAUGAUUCUACUCGGUACCAAGCUGGUUAUGGAUACUAAAAACAUCAACUCCUAAUGACUACAUACUGAAUGAAAAAAAUCAAUAACAAAUUUCGGGCUUGCUCGAAUAUGAAUUGAAACUAAAAUGCUUGAAUUGAGAAAAAUAAACUUACCAUGAAAAGUAAAAA